CCAAACCCACAAUUGUAAAAUCAAUCUGUAUAUGCAGUAAAGCAUGCUUGUUAUACUCACUGCGGGACCUAAGGGGUUAAUCCUCUGCAUUGUGUAAAAAGGAUGUUUGAUCCCGUCUUCUCUGAUCCUCCCAUUCUACUGUCCCCAAUCCAUCUGCUAAUAGCACAGAGCCUUGGGGGCGAGGUUCACAUGCUCAGUUUGGUGUGUGUAGUUUGUUUGUUUUUUUUUCGUCUUGGGAGAGUGCAUGUGAUCAGCACAGGUCCAAUCAGCACUGUUUUGGCAGAGGGUCGGGUUAUGCAGCUUCAUAGGACAAUCAGGGGAGAAUGAAAACUGCUACAAGCUUUAACUAGUGCUCUUCUGGACACUGACAGAAAUGAGAAAAGGUAUUUACCAGUUUAUAUUUACUAAAAUUGCAUUUCCAUGUACUGUGGGAGAUCGGAUAUAGUGAAU